GCCGCCGCGGCCGAGGCUCCCGGCGCCGGCGCGGGCAUGGAGCGCUCGCAGAGCCGUCUCAGCCUGUCCGCCUCCUUCGAGGCGCUCGCCAUCUACUUCCCGUGCAUGAACUCCUUCGACGACGAGGACGCGGGAGACAGCCGGAGGCUGAAGGGGGCCAUCCAGCGGAGCACCGAGACAGGCCUGGCUGUGGAGAUGCCCAGCCGGACACUGCGCCAGGCCAGCCACGAGUCCAUUGAGGACAGCAUGAACAGCUAUGGUUCGGAGGGCAACCUUAACUAUGGAGGAGUUUGCCUGGCGUCGGAUGCCCAGUUCAGUGACUUCCUGGGCAGCAUGGGACCAGCACAGUUUGUGGGCCGCCAGACCUUGGCUACUACACCCAUGGGAGAUGUGGAGAUCGGCUUGCAGGAGCGGAAUGGUCAGCUAGAAGUGGACAUCAUCCAGGCUCGGGGACUGACAGCCAAGCCAGGCUCCAAGACACUGCCAGCUGCCUACAUCAAGGCCUAUCUGCUAGAGAACGGUGUGUGCAUUGCCAAGAAGAAGACCAAAGUCGCUCGCAAGUCGCUCGACCCGUUGUACAACCAGGUGCUGCUGUUUCCCGAGAGUCCACAGGGCAAAGUCCUGCAGGUGAUCGUGUGGGGAAACUAUGGGCGGAUGGAGCGGAAGCAGUUCAUGGGUGUGGCCCGCGUGCUGCUGGAGGAGCUGGACUUGACCACCCUCGCUGUGGGCUGGUACAAGCUCUUCCCCACCUCCUCCAUGGUGGACCCAGCCACAGGUCCCCUGCUGCGGCAGGCGUCGCAGUUGUCCCUUGAGAGCACCGUUGGGCCCUGCGGCGAACGAUCUUAGUGCCGGGGAUGGGGAGGGGCUCCCCGAGAUGGCCUGGAGACCACCCAGCCCUGACCUGGGACCCCAGGCCCAGGGGCACAUGAAACAGAGGAGUAGGGGGUUCUCCCCUAUAGCGGGGAAGCAGAAUGGGAGACCUGCCCCCCUUGCACCCCUCCUCACUUCCUCUUUGCCUCCUACCCUUUGAGACCUCCCCUCUCCCAGCGGAUUGGCUGCACUUUUGACUUGGCCGGUUGUUAACCUGGUGGAUGUGGCUGCACUAGGAGAAGGACUGAGGUGGCAGAGCAAACCACCCACCUGCCCAGCACUCUCCCACCUGUCCCCAUUUUGCCUCCUCGGAAGCUUGCUGCCCGGAGCCAAGUCCAGAACCCAGCCGGCCAUCUCCAUGGUGCCAAUUACCAGCAAGUGUCUUUCCUGCGGCACCGGGUUCAGGCAGCUACUCCUGCCCCAGAGCUGAGGGGCAGCUUUGCAAGGAUCCGGAGCCAGCUCCCAGGGCCCGGAGCCCUCCCCUUGAAGAGGAGCUCGGGCCUCCCUCUGCCUGCCCGAGGAAGGAGCUUUGCCGCAGCCUGUCGGAGUUCAUCUACCCAUCCCCUCCUGCCUGCCCCUCUUCUGGUGGCUGUAGGAAUUGGGGGCCAGCAGGGACCAAAGGAAAGGCGGAGGUGCCUGGGGGUGGCCAGGGUGCCUUUCUCCAUGGGAUUGCAACAGGCUAGACUGUUGCUGAGUUAGAAAGAACAUCGUCAUCUGUGUUUUUUUUGAAAGAGCGGCAAGACCCUGAGUUUCCAGAACGCUGUGACCAGGGAGUUCAUCACCGAGGCAUUUGGGGGAUACUGGAUUGCAGGAAGGGUGAACUGAGGAAAGCUGGGACUGAGACUGGUGGUGUCAAGAACCCCUGCUUGUUAGGUGAGAGCAAAGGUCAUCUUAUCUUCCCCUUUGCCUCUGGGUUAGGGGCCAGGGGAGGCAGUGGAGCCACCUUAUUUUAGUCUUUUUAAAUAAACCAUCUUGUACCAAGGGCGGGACUCCCUGCCCAGCCUCAGUCACCUUGGCUCAAGGGAAGAAGGUGGUAGAAGUAAACACCGGAGGCCUGGGUAGCUGCCUUCUCUGCGGCCUUCCCUGGGCCUGUGGGAGCCCUUUGCAUGCGAGGGAGGACGCAGGCUGGCCCCUCUUUAUAGAAGCACAUUUCUGCCACCUCCCCCUGGGAGGCAUCCAGCAGCCUGCCAGUCCUCUUCACCUAGUCCCUGCUGUGUAGGGCGUAGUCCAGGUUAGCUGGGUAGACUUAGUAUUCACAUCCUAGGGCCUGUUCUUAGCUCAGAGUAGUCUUCACAGAGUCCUAGGCUGGAGAUGGAGAGGAGACCCGAGUACAUUCCAGGAGACCGUGUCUCCUUGCUGGCCUGGGCCUGGAUCAGCCACCUGGAUCGGUUCCCGGGAGGCCAGUAGCCCCUCUCCUCCUCCCCUUGAGACCCUCCCUUGUAGGGAUGUAGCCGGAGCUGUCCAUUAUACUCAACAUUGAUUUAUUAUCCUCGAUUCGCACUUUCUUUAUGAGAUGCUUCUGAGGCUCACUGGGCCUUGGUGGAGAGGCCUGGUUUCUGCAGACUGAGGAUGCCUGGGCUCUCCUUGGUCCCACCUUGUACCUGGUUCCACCAGGGAUUCCUAAUCCUCCCCACUCCUUAGCUUGGUUAAGCCAUGGGUGUCCUCUAAAGUUAAGUUCUGUCAUCUCCAUGGAAUUCUUGACAGUGCACUGGGAAGGAGAAAUGGAGAUGCUGCUCUCCUCCAGGUCUGCAGAGCUUCCGGGGACCAUGGAGGGGAAUGCUAAGGCUGAGAUGGUGUGAGGGCUCCGGGCUCCUGGCUCCAGCGGGUGGAGCCUAUCCAAGGCCCACAGUCAGCUUUUCUUCCCCACCUCCCUUUUUUUAACCAGUGUGAUUUCUCUGCUGUUCAUUUAUUACUCACUAUAUGGGACAUUUCGAGCCAGCAGGAGAGUGGCUUCUCUCUCCAGCUGUCUGUCACUGCUGUACUUGUUCAGGGGUCACUUUUCAAAGUCCGGGCAGGGCCUGGCCGUCCUAACCAGACGGGUAGGGGCUCAGCACUGACUUGUCCUCCCAGCCUGAGCCCUCUCUCCACUGGCUGCUCAGGUUAGAGACAGAGAAGAGAGACACAGAAAGGAGAGAAGGAGAGGGAUGGGGGGAGGGGAAGAGAGAAGGAGAGAGUGAGAGAGAGUGAGAGAGAGAGAGAGAUCGCUCCAAAGCAAUAACAACUCCCCGGGGGUGGUCAGCAAGGCCCCCUCACUAACUUUCUUGUUUGUUCUGUGAAAUCUCGCUCACCUCCUGGCGGGGUGGGGUGGGGGCUGGAGCCCUGUUUAUUUGUAUCAUUCUUGUGAGCCCGCGCCCCCCUAGAAGGGGCUGUGACCAUUGGGUGUGGGAACCACCGUCUGUCCUCACCAGGAAGGGGCUUCUGGAGCAGGAGUGAUUAUUUUCAUCAUUAGCUUUGGGGAAACUUCAGCCUGUCCCCUUUGCUGUCUGAUCUUUGGCCAACUGAGACUCCACCAUUUGGAGAGGCACAAAGUGGAGGUGGGUGUCUCUCUGGGGCUGGCGUCUCUAGGAGUGAUUCUUUUUUCAGUGUCUGGGCCGGGCUGCCAUGGGAGGGCACCACCUCCACUUCCUUUACCAAAAUGACUUUCCAUACUAAAGGAAAGGGCUUUUGGGACCUUUAGUCCAUUUCCAUUUCACACAGGAGAAGACCCAGGCCCACCACAGGAGGAACCACCCGGAGGUCACCUGUGUGUUCGAGGCACCCUGAGCCUGGGUCCCCUCUCCCCACUGGGCUGAGCUGGGGCCAGGGCAGGAUGCAGGGGGCUUCCACUUCCCACUCUUCCUCUUCCCUUUCUUUAAAACCUCCCAGAGGACCCCAAAAUAUGGCCAGGACAAGUUGUAGCCCAUCUGAGAGGUUAGGAAACUGAGGCCUAGCUAAGACCCCUCGGUAGGUGGACAGUGGAGGCAGAGUUUGGGACCCUCUGUGCUUCCUCCCUGUGCAGGAAAGCACUGUUCCAGGACAGCUCAGCCUUGAUCAGCACUUCCGGCCUCUAAACAUUGGCCUACACAGCCCUGCUUAACUCUCCUGGGCCAAGGUCUUUUCUAGGCUUGGGUGUGGGGACUGAGGCCUCUGCCGGUCUACCCAGCUGAUCGAGGAGUGCAGGGUUUAAUCUAGGCCUGGAGGAAGGUGUGGGGCUCCCUCCAGGGACCAUUACCUCCACAGCUGGGGAAGAGGGAUGAAAAUCAGCUCCUGCCUGGGCCGAGGAAUGAGGAGUGGGAGCCACACGAAGCACCCCACAUCGAGACAUCCUCACAGAACUUUGGAUGCAACGAGCCCUCUUCCCCUCAGAGCUGUCCACGUUUUUUUGCAGUGCUUUCUCUUGGAGUGUGCCCUAACCCACACAGGAGCUCCAGGUAGUGGGGUGGAGGCCUGUGCCGUCAGCCCCAUUUUCAAGUGGGGGGGGGCGCCAAGAGUCCAGGGGAGGAAGGUGCUUUUGAAAGUCCUGCCUCAAGCGAGUGGCCCAGCCAGCGCUAGCACUCACUUCUCCAGCAGUUCUGAGCUCUCCCUCCCACCCCCGGAAUCCAAGGGGCUAGUUAGGAGGUUAUGCCCUUCACAUGCCGAUGCACCAUCGAGCUCCUCGGCCGGAGCUCUGGGCGGGCCUCGUGUCAGAAAGUGCUGAGCCCACUCCCUCCAGAGGCACGGCUGUUGCAUCAGGCAAGGUCACCUGCAUUUAUUUAUUGAGCAGCAGUGCUGUGCCAGACCCAGAGGACCAAGCCCCCGCCCCGCCCCGCCCCUCCAUGUCAGCUCCCUCUGCCCUCUGGGAGGGCCGUGUCUGCAGGGGCAGCAGCACAUCAAUGGGCAGAAAGUGUUCACAUCCAUGAGCUCACUAAAAGCCCCUAGAGCAGGUGGCCCUACCCAUUUUCCCCACAGUGGCCAUGGGCAGAGUAGAGGCUGGAACCAGGGUGGAGGUAUCACCUGUGAGCCCUUUCAUGCCAUGACUGACUCCUGCGGAGUGGUGGAGGGAACGUCUCUGGCUCCUUGAGCUGGGGUCCUCCUUCCGUCCGCCCACUCUCAUGCCCUCUCCCGGAGCAGGAGCCACUGGGCCUUUAGGGAGGGAGGGUUUCAGGGCCCCGGGGUUGGAGUGGGUCAUGCUGCAUUGUGUUCAUGACCAUGUAGCUCAUGUUGAAAAUUAAAGUUUUUGGCUUUUCUAA